UUGAAGUGAGCCCAAGUGAUAAAAUCCUGACACUGCUACAGACACCAUCCCUUGAUUUGAAGGAAUUUGGGAGAAAAGCAGCUUAUCUUCCUCCUGAGGAUGUACCCAGGAGCAGACUCGGAGGAGCUGGAUUCUGAUGAUCUGGAUGAAGAGGAGGAGUUUGAUUUCUCAGAUGGGGAUGAUGAAGACCUGGAUGCUGGAAAUCCAAGGCAGGAGCAGAAGGUGACUCCUGAGGAGCUCGUGGGCAGUCUCAAGUGGUACAUGAAUGAGAUGGACCGAGAGCUGGCACAGACCAAGGCUGGGAAAAGUUUCACCUCCCAAAAGAGAGGGGCGGGUUGUGUUGAAGCAGCCACAUCUGAGAGUGCUGGCCCUGGUUCUGGAGCUGAGGAUGCUGAGCUGGCACCCGUGGAUGUGGACAUGAACCUGGUGGCAAACCUGCUGGAGAACACAGAUCUCACUGGCUCCAGCAGCUGAGCAGUGCAGCGAGAGACUUUGGACAGGACAUGGCUGGUGGGAAAAUGAAGCACAGACAGAUGAGCAGGAUGGGGAAGAAGAGGCCAAAGGUUUUAAUUUUGAGUGUUCUGUUCAUUAUGUGUCACUUCAGCAAAGUGAAUUGACCUGUAAAAGCUUCUGUUUGGACACUGUCUUGGAUGGAAAGGAGAAUUUCCAGUGCUAACACAUUUUCAGAAAAAUGAAAAA